AUGGACAGCGGAGGGACGGGGGGAGAGACCGGGCUUCUACAGCAGAUCCUGAGCCUCAGCCUGGUGCCUCGGGUUGGAAAUGCCACUGUGUGCCCCACUUCCACCGCUCUGUGCGGCUUCCCUGAGAUGUGGUAUGGCGUAUUCCUAUGGGCACUGGUCUCUUCACUCUUCUUUCAUAUACCCGCUGGACUGCUAGCUUUGUUUACUUUGAGACACCACAAAUAUGGAAGGUUCAUGUCUGUGGCGAUCCUACUGAUGGGAAUUGUGGGACCAAUAUCUGCAGGGAUAUUAACAAGUGCUGCCAUUGCUGGAGUGUACAAAGCUGCUGCCAAGGAAAUGAUUCCCUUUGAAGCACUAGUCCUGGGUGUG